UGCGGCGCUUCCCCGCAGCGUGAUCCGGCUGAUCAUGCAGUACCUGAAGGAGAACAGCCUCCACCGAGCGCUCGCCACCCUUCAGGAGGAGACGACCGUGUCCCUCAACACCGUGGACAGCAUCGAGAGCUUCGUGGCUGAUAUCAACAGCGGGCACUGGGAUACAGUGCUGCAGGCCAUACAGUCCCUCAAGCUGCCCGACAAGACCCUCAUCGACCUCUACGAGCAGGUUGUGCUGGAGUUGAUUGAGCUCCGGGAGCUGGGUGCUGCCAGGUCUCUCUUGAGGCAGACAGAUCCCAUGAUCAUGCUAAAACAGACUCAGCCAGAGCGGUACAUCCACCUCGAAAAUCUUCUGGCCAGAUCUUACUUUGAUCCUCGUGAGGCAUACCCAGAUGGAAGUAGCAAAGAAAAACGGAGAGCUGCUAUUGCACAGGCUUUAGCUGGAGAAGUCAGCGUGGUACCUCCGUCUCGUCUUAUGGCGUUGUUGGGCCAGGCACUGAAGUGGCAACAGCAUCAGGGCCUGCUUCCUCCUGGUAUGACAAUUGACUUGUUCAGAGGCAAAGCAGCUGUGAAAGAUGUGGAGGAAGAAAAGUUCCCCACACAGUUGAGCAGACAUAUUAAGUUUGGGCAGAAGUCACAUGUGGAGUGUGCUCGGUUUUCCCCGGAUGGCCAGUAUCUAGUCACUGGCUCCGUGGAUGGUUUCAUUGAAGUAUGGAACUUCACUACUGGAAAGAUCAGGAAGGAUCUGAAGUACCAGGCACAAGAUAAUUUUAUGAUGAUGGAUGAUGCGGUGUUGUGCAUGUGCUUCAGCAGAGAUACAGAAAUGCUGGCAACUGGAGCACAAGAUGGAAAGAUCAAGGUGUGGAAAAUCCAGAGCGGUCAGUGUCUGAGGAGGUUUGAACGAGCGCACAGUAAAGGUGUUACCUGCCUCAGUUUCUCUAAAGACAGCAGCCAGAUUCUGAGUGCUUCUUUUGAUCAGACCAUCAGGAUCCAUGGUUUAAAAUCUGGCAAAACUUUAAAGGAAUUCCGUGGUCAUUCCUCCUUUGUCAAUGAAGCUACUUUUACCCAGGAUGGCCACUAUAUUAUCAGCGCAUCCUCUGAUGGCACAGUGAAGGUUUGGAAUGUGAAGACAACAGAGUGCUCAAACACCUUCAAAUCCCUCGGCAGCACUGCUGGGACAGAUAUUACUGUGAACAGUGUCAUUCUGCUGCCUAAAAAUCCGGAACACUUUGUCGUUUGCAACAGAUCAAAUACAGUUGUCAUUAUGAAUAUGCAGGGACAAAUUGUGAGAAGUUUCAGCUCUGGUAAGAGGGAAGGUGGUGACUUUGUCUGCUGUGCCCUUUCUCCACGUGGUGAAUGGAUCUACUGUGUUGGUGAAGAUUUUGUGCUCUAUUGCUUUAGCACUGUGACUGGCAAGCUGGAGAGAACUCUGACAGUCCAUGAAAAAGAUGUCAUUGGCAUUGCUCAUCAUCCCCACCAGAACCUAAUUGCCACUUACAGUGAAGAUGGGCUCCUCAAACUCUGGAAGCCGUAGCUUGCUCUUCAGUGAGCUAUGAAGUGUGCCUGUUGUGUGCAGGGUAUUGAUGUUUGUGCUUCUACGAGGUCUGAAUCUCUUGAGCUCGAUACUUGCUCAGUUUUCAUUUCAGGUUUCCAGAAAACACCUUUUUAAAUUCUUGAUCUAAAAUUAGCUAGAUUGAUGCUAGAUACAGCAUCAGUUCGGUUUGAAUGCUUUUACUUUUACUUUUACCAGAGUAGCUGAAACAACUUCUGUGGGAAUGAUUAUUCUGUCUCCUGAAGUCUGUGCUCUUCUUAUGUUGUUUAUAAAAGUGAUUGAGCUAGAAACUAUACCUAUUUAUAAGUGGCCACUGAUUUCUUAGAAUGCAGUCAACUGCUUUUUUUAUUUGAGUGAAUGAUGCAGUAGAAGGCUAUCUCUUCUCUACUCCUGAAAUGAAGGGAAUGCAAGGGAACCUACUCUGUCCAUAGCUUCGAGGCAGAAGCAUUUCUAGUCCGUUGUGUUUUGCUCUGUUUCAUUUUUGCUAUAGUUCUUCCAAAAAUACCUAUCAAGUAGUGUCAUAUGGCUUUCUCGGUAUGGAGCUAAUUCCUCAUCCUUUUUCCCAUCUCCCAGCACUUUCCCCUAAAAACUUGCCUCAUGUGGCAGUGAACUGUAAUACUAUUUUUUGUCUUUUUUUGUCUUUAAUUUUCCUUCCAGGCAAAAAAAAAAAAAAAAAGAAUUGCCUGGGCCCUCAUCCUAUGAGUGCGUAAAGUGUUCAGACCAGCUUUAGGACUGCAGCCGACCUCAGGGGAUCAACACUUUAGAACACGCAAAAGCCUGUUUUACAUAGGCCAAGUUCCCAAUGUUGUGAUGCUGUUGUGAUGCUUGCGUUAAUGCUUUGAAUUUCAGUUCACCCUUAUCCUUCUUCUCCCUGCAGAAGGGGACAGCAUGCUGGUGCUUUAAACAAUAUUUGUAAAAGUUUUUUUAAUCGCAUAUACCCAUGGACCUUGAUAAAGGUAACACUUAGUGUUACGUAGGUUCCGCCCUAUGAUAAGGAGAAGCUUUUAAGCCCUUCAGUUUGGUGGAGAAGGUGAUGGUUCUGUCUGAAAUCGUGACUACUGGAGACCAUUGUGAACCAGAACCGUGUUAAAAUCCAACCAUAGUUUCUCUAGGAUGCAACUAAAGUCAAGGUUUUGUCUGUAAUGAUUAGACAAGCACAUGCAGAUUUGAAUCUGGCGUGCUGUGUUCUGUCCUGAUCUCUUGUAGAAUGCCUUCCUGCAGCAGUGAUCUUUGAAACAGUAAUAAUUUCCUCUGUGAGUUAAUAAAUUUCAAUUUAAAUAACCUCA